AUGUUUCAGGAGCAUGUUGAAAAAUACAAAGUCGGGACCAUAUUCCGUUUUGUUGACAUCACUUUGGUAUUAUAUACUGCUCAAAUGCUACUGAUAUUCCAACCGAUUUUCUUGGGAAUCGGCAUUAUCGACUGUGGACCAAUCCUAUCCGCCUUGAACAACGUUAAAUUUAUAUACAACUUUGCCCUUAUAUGCGAAAUGACACUAUUAUCUCUACUAGCAACACGACUACUUCUACCAGAAAAGAGCGAGCUCUUCGACAGGUCUCCUCAACGUCUUAUGGAAAUUGCAAGAAAUACCCAAGAGAAAAUGCUGACCUAA